AUGCAAAACUUAUCUACUCCAUUAUCUGAAACAACUCGUAUUGAAGUAAAUGUAUCGGAAUUUGCUCGUGGUGAAAUAGCUGUUAAACUUCGACGUGAUAAUACAUUACUUGUACAUGCUCUACAUCUUGAUCAAUUUGCUGCAGAUAAUUUUUUUCGUAAAGAAUUAGUUAAAACAUUUCCUAUACCACCCGGUGCCGAUAUUGAUAAAAUUCGUUCUAUUAUACGAAAUAAUGGUAUAUUAACAAUUGAUAUACCUAUGUUGAGGGAUAAUGAUGCAACACGACGUUCACAUGAAGAAUUAUUACGAGCAAUUGAUCAACCGAAAAAACAAAGUAAAAAUGAUUAUAUGCGUUCAAUUUCACAAGCAAAUGUAACUGAUAAUAAUCAACAAUCACUUCGACAAGAACCAGCAACAGUACAUAAACGUACUGGUAGUCUUGUUGAUAUGGAUCAUCGACAAUAUUCAACUACAUUUAAUAUUGCAGAUUUUUUACAAUCGAAAUUUCAUCCAUCAUUUUCACCAAAUCGUAAAAAAUUAACAUUAAAAGUUGACACACGUGGAUAUGAACCAGAUGAAUUAACAGUACGUUUACUUGAUGAUAAUCUAUUAGUGCAAGGAAGAAAAAAAUCUUCAUCAUCAAAAAAAUCUGACAGUAAACAAUUUAGUCAAAGUAUUCGUUUACCCGAUGGAAUUGAUAAAUAUAACGUUACAUCACAAGUUAUGGAUGAUGGAAUGCUUUUUAUUGAAAUACCAUUAAUUAAUUCAUCGAUGUAUCGAUGA